UCGAGCAUGAACUAUAUGUUGGGCCUCACGAUUGCGCUGCUUACUCUGAUGAGCAUAAAUUAUGGAUCAGAGGCGGCAACUGAACAACUGCCAGAUGCAUAUGAUGCAACAACAACAGCAGCAGCAGCAGCAGUUCCGAAGCUACCGAUUGCCAUACACUAUGAGGCCCUCUGUCCCGACAGCAAGUACUUCAUACGCCGCCAAUUAUAUUAUGCGCUGGAGGAGAACAAUUGGUGGCCCUAUGUGGACCUCAAAUUGCUGCCCUUCGGCAAGGCGGGCCUUUACAAUAAUACGGAGCUGGGCGUGCUGCAAGUCUUCUGUCAACAUGGGGAGCCGGAAUGCGAACUUAAUGCCGUGCACGCCUGCAUUAUCGAGACGCACACGGUCAAGAAUUCGUUUAGGCUUAUCCAUUGCAUGUUACGCUCAUAUAGUAACCGGAUUAAUGAAUGUGCCGCACGUUUGCAACUGGAUACGGGAGCAGCCAAGCAAUGCAAGGCAGCUCGAAGUAAUGCCGAAAUUUUGAUGCCAUAUGGUCAGCAAACUCUGCCACUGCAGUUGUCCUUUGUGCCCAGCAUUGUCUUCGAUAAUGAAUUCGAGCCCUACGAACAGAACUAUAUACGAUAUAAUUUCGACACUUCUUUGUGUCGCAAGUACGAGGCCAAGUUUAACGCCAAACUACCAAAUUGUGCUUAGACAAAGGAGUUUGUUUAUCAAUUUUAAUUUAUUUUUAUUAUUAUUGAAUGCACAGAAAAAAUGCAAUAAAUAUUAUGUGUAUUUAAAUAA